GUCGUAUUUAAUCCAGAAACAGGAUCUGCCUUCUCUCUCGUCUCUCUCUUCUCUCUUCCCUCUCUCUCCGGGUGGCUCUGGUUUCAGAAAGAGUUGUAUAAUACGAGAAUUCCGGAUCCCCAUACAACCAUAGGAAGGAGGCUCCUUCUGAUUGCUGAACGCACAACACACGUAUACACAUCGAUCGAAUAUGUAUCAUCCCACUAGAGGCGGUGUUCGUGGCGGUCGAGAUCAAUUCAGUUGGGAUGAUGUUAAGGUUGAUAAACAUCGAGAGAACUAUCUUGGUCACAGCAUCAAGGCGCCUGUCGGAAGAUGGCAAAAAGGUAAAGAUCUACACUGGUAUGCUAGAGACAAAAAAGCUCAGAAGGCAGAAAUGGAUGCUGCAAAAGAAGAGAUCAAGAGAAUUAAGGAAGAGGAGGAGCAGGCUAUGAGGGAGGCUCUUGGCUUAGCUCCUAAGCGUGCAAGCCGUGCUCAAGGUAGUCGGCUUGAUAAGCAUGAGUUUUCGGAACUUGUGAAACGAGGCUCGACUGCAGAGGACGUAGGUGAAGGGCACGCUGAAGCAGCACGUGUGCAUGGUCUUGGAUUUGCAAGAGCACCCUGCCCUUGGGAUGAGUCAAGUUCUCUUCAUCCAACAGCGAAGGAUGUUCCACCUGAAAUGGGAAAGUCGGAUGUUCCUAAUUCACCACCAAAAGAAAAGGUUGAAGAGGAGCUAGAGGAUGAAAGCAGUCGAAAGAAGAGGAGGCGUGAUGAGAGAAAGCAGGAGAAACAUGAGAGGCGUGAAAAGCAUGGGAAACGUCCCUCAGAUGAGAGGAGGAAAGACAGGAAACACAAGGAGAAGAGAAGACAUGGUUCCGACGCCGAAUGAUAUGUCAAGGCUUUUGUGUAAUCUUUUCCUCCAAGAUUUGAUGGAGAUAAGUCAUUUCAUUGUAAAUCAUGCAGAAUCUAGCAUGUUGGUUCCGGUUUCGCUUUACUACUAGUGAGUUUAUCAACUUGCCUACUCA